UCAGAGCGUAGCGCGCUAGACAGUGACAGCCAUGAACCAAGUUCCGUCACCCACCAGUACCUCUCCUACGGGAGGCGCCUCCAAGAAGGAAGAUCACAUCAAGCGUCCUAUGAACGCCUUCAUGGUGUGGUCGCGCAUGCAGCGUCGCAAGAUCGCCCAGGAAAACCCCAAGAUGCACAACUCGGAAAUCUCCAAACGGCUUGGCUCCGAGUGGAAACUUUUGACGGAGGCCGAGAAGCGUCCUUUCAUCGACGAAGCCAAGCGCCUUCGAGCCCAGCACAUGAAGGAGCACCCGGAUUACAAGUACCGUCCUCGGAGGAAACCCAAGACACUCCAGAAGAACGGCUACAGCUUCCCGCUGCCGUACCUGGCCACGUCCGCGCUCGAUCCUCUGGGCCCGCUGCACCAGACGUACUACUCCACGCCCGCCGUGCCCUCCCCGCUCGACGUGGCCGGAGACAAGUCGCGGCUCUUCCCCGGCGCGACGCUGCCGCACCACUUCUACCCCGGCUUCGACCCUCAGCACUUCAGCAAAUUCGCCGCCGCGCAGGACCACUACAAGCCCAUGACCUCUCUCGCCGCCAGCGACGCCGCCGCCGCCGCCGCCACCGUCUCAGCGGCCUCCAUGAGCGGGAUGUCAACAGUGUCGGCGCUAUAUUCCUCCCUAUACUCCAAGUCCGCGUCGUCUCUAUUGUCAGGCAUGUCUGCGGGGCUCAACAGCGGCCAGCAGGGCAUGCCGCAGCCGCAGCUCUACCCCGGUUACCCUCCCGCUGUUGACCAGCUGCGCCGACCCGUCUCCGUCAUCUUCUAAGUCUCCUCGUCAACCCAUCCCAUCCCUCGCGCGGCCGUGCACACGCUCCCGAAGUGUACGUCAAGCGCAGAGUGUACAUAGUGUACAGCAGUGAAGAGUGGACAUGAGACGCGCCCUGUGUGAGCGGACGAUGCUGACCGGCACGCCAGAACGCCUGGCGUGGUUAGUGUCAUGUCAUGGCAGGUGUUAAGGUGGCGCCAGGUGUGGAGCCGAUGCCCGGGAGUGGCGCCGGCCUGGUGCCAUUGUGUUGUGUGUCAGUAGGUGGUGAAGCCCUGUCUUGUGGCAAUGUAAGUACUCACGUGUGUAGAGUUUUUGUUCAUGAGAUGAUUCCCGUCAUGUGAAUGUCAACCAUGAAUGACCCUAUACUUACAUUGCUCCCGGACCAAGAGUUAAAUAAAUUAACAAGUGUACAAGUGCGCCUAGACUAGUCUUUUGAAGCUCAUCUAUGGAUUAUAUUUAACUUUGUUGUUUUAAUGUUGAAUUAUAUAUGUGUAAACGUACUUUUUGUACCAUGUAAAUAACAGACGGCUGAUGUUAUUAAUAAUAAUCGAUACAUACAUUA